UUUUCAGCUGGAAAGUCUGUGUCAGAAGAUGCUUGCACACCGUCUCAAAAAUGACGGAUGAAGGAAUAUAGCCCUAAUGGGAAAAUCUACUUUCUCUAUCUGUAACUUGAGUAUUUUGUAAUACUUUGAUUCUGAAAAGCAGUGUAGCGGUGGAUAACCAUGGGCGUGGCUUCAUCCAGUAAACCCAGUGACUCACAUAAGUGGGUUCAGAUUCUUAACAAUUUUCCUGAUGACAUUUUGUUUGAGAUUCUGUUAAGGGUGCCCACCAGAGACCUUGUGAAGUCUUGUGUCUAUGUGUGCAAACAGUGGCAUGACACUAUUGCAUCCAGGUCAUUUUGGAAGGAAAAAUGUAUUCAAGACAGGAUUUUUUCACAGCACUGCUGGGAUCAUUUAGGCAACCGUGAUGAAAAUUAUAAGAGACUUUACAUUAAACAUCCAUAUGAAAGAAAUUUAAUAAAGAAUCCAGAUGCUUCGAAAGAAUUGUCGGAAUGGCAAGUAGUCUAUAAUGGUGGGAAUGGCUGGAGGAUGGAGACCGAGCCAAUUGGAUCCGACCCUGUCUCUCGGUUCAAUGAUGAAUGCAAAGGUACGGUUGGAUGCUGGGUAUCCUCAUAUGGCAAAUGUGCCAAGUACCAGGUGGUAGACCUAAUGGCCGCAGGCUGCAGUGAAUAUGUGUUGGACCACAUCCGGCCAGCAAUACAUGUGUCUGAGUGGUAUGCUGCUCGGUUUGACUGUGGGGCUGUGUACAAGAUGAAGGUAGUUCUCCUGUCAGAGAAGACAGGGGAGUUUUGGUCAGCUUCAUCAAAAGAUACCAACUGCAGAUACUCUUUUAAAGAAACUUUACCGUCAGGCAGAGCUUGGUUUCAGGCCAAGCAUACGUUCACUGACUAUCCUACGGGCAUACGAUAUGUAGGUUUUUACCAUGAGGGCAAGGACACACAAUUCUGGGCAGGUCAUUUUGGGGCCAAAAUGACCCUUGCAUCUGUGAUAUUGGACUUUUCACAUGUCGCUGGUCUGGCAGAUUCAUGUGAUGGUGGUUCAAAACAAUCUUGAGAUUGAGGAUAUAUGAAGACUUGAAGAAAGAAAGUGUGUUCUAGUUAGCUCUACCUCAUCCGCAUCAUGUAAUAGGUAAACCUGUAACCCUUACCUUACAGCUCUGCUUGACAAAGAUGACAUGUUUGUAGAAAUUUUAUUUAGGAAAUCAAAGCAUAUAUAUACUACUUCUUGUAAGAAAACAUCAGAAGUACAUUCUAUGUUAGUAUCAAUAAUUGAAUGGCUUGCCAGUCAAUACAUUUAGUCCAAACCACGGAUCUAUAACUGUGUUGAAACUAUUGAGGAAAAUUUAAAACUUGAAUUUUCAACCAAAGUAGAAGUGAUACAUUAAUAGUUAUAUACCUUGUAAUUAAUUGAAAAGUAAUUUUAUAUACUGUAAUCUGAUUUCGUCAAAUUCCGUUGUUUCUAGUUAUUUUUUAUUUAAAUUUGUCUGAUCACAAACCAAAUCAUUAACAAGCACUGAUAUCGCCACUCUUUGUCACUUGACAUGUUAUAUUAUAUGUAUUUGCAUCAAUAGUAUUUGAUAGUAAAUUAUUUACUGUGUACUCUUGUUUAAAACAUUAUUCAGUGAGCACACAUGACAAUUUUACCACAAAAUUUUAAUAUUAACAAAAUUAUUACACACGAAAUAAAAACUAACAAAACGUG